GAUACUGAGAGAGGACGAGUGCAACAUACUGCAGAAUUUAUCGAGGGAGGAGUUCCGCGAGUUCCGAUCAUUGGUGAUCGACAUGGUACUCGCGACCGACAUGAGUUUUCACUUCCAACAGCUGAAGAACAUGAAGAACAUCCUCAGCCUGGCGGAGCCGAGCGUCGACAAGAGCAAGGCAGUCAGCCUCGUUCUCCACUGCUGCGACAUCUCGCAUCCGGCAAAAAGAUGGGAUCUUCAUCACAG